UAGACACUUAGGAAAAAGUCAAGGAGCCUCAUGUUUACCGUGCUGGCUCCGUCUCCUGCGCUUUUGGCACUGUGGUUUCUCAGCUGAGCUGCAGGCAGUUGCCUGGGCUGUUAAAUAGCCUUCACCAGGACAAGCAGCUGAGGAAUCCCUGCGGCUCACUCCGCACUGUGCCGCUGUCCUCAGGAGGACAGGUUUUGAUGACCUAGUCUGAUUACAGCAUCUUUGACAGCUUUAAAGGAAUUUGCUCGAGGGAAGGCGACAGCUGCUGCUCUGAUGAAGGAUUUUUCUGAGCAGGCCUCCCAAGCAAGACGUGUCAGGAUGAGAUGCUGCCUACGCUUUUCAUCACAACCAACAGGUUGUUAAACUGCAAUCAAAAGCACUUAGUAGGAAUGGAUCUGUACCUAUUAUGAGAUUUGAACUCCCGACAUCUUAAUCCACUGGAACUUGAGUGCCCAGGACACACCAGAGAGGGGAUUUUGAGAUUGCUUUUCAAGCACUGUGGCUGUGAGCCAGUUACAGCAUGAGGAAAAGCCCUCCAACACCCCAAUGUACAGGAAAGAGAAGGUAAGGUGAUUCUCUCCAGUUGGCUUUUAGAUAUGGUGCAUUCAGUGAAGUGCCCUGGGCCAGCAAAAUGUGUCCACCUCCAUGCUGACACUGCUUCCGCUCCUGGAAAGGGCAAGGUGUGAGGACAGCAUCUCUUCAAUCACUGUAGUCUCAUGCAGAGACUGGUACCUAGUGCCAAUGUAAGCCGCUUGCAACCCUCGUUCCACAGGGUAGGUGUAAAACAAUGCCCUGGUCUGAGCACGCCGCUGGUGUAACAGAUUAAAACACUUGGGUCUUUCCUCCCACUCUGCAGCAAAAGUUCCCCUUGUGAAAGGAGAAAUGCCAGAGUUAUUCCAUGGGAGAUUCCCUCCAACCUGGAAAGUAACACAAAACUGUAGUUCUUUAGACAUUUCACAGCAAGAAAAUAGCUCCAGGAAAAGAACAACAAAAAAAAAGUUCAAGCUUGUGCUUGUAGAGACAGUAAACCACCAUAUUUCAGCAGUCAUGGCAGGUAAUUCUAGCUGGAAAUUGUAUAUUUAAUGAUGGCCAGCCUUCAGCAUUUGACAACAGGCUGUUGAAGCCUGUUGAAUGGUAAAUCACCUCUCUUCACUAUCAAUAAUCCUAUUAUAAUAUCUGUAGAAAUGUCUUAAGUUAAAAUCUCAUUUUAUUACUAUAAUAAUGAAUCUAAUUUGUAAAACAUAUGAAAUGAGGCCAUAACUGUACUGGAGGGAGAUAUAUGUGAACCCACUACAUCGAUAUCUACUUUCUGAUGUCUUUUGCCCACAUAUUUUUGAACAGGAGAAGGAUUAAAAGAAAUGCCACUUGCAAGAUUUUUUAGAUUGAGUACGGCUUCUAGAAAGGAGACCAACAUGACCGUGGAAAUGGAGUAAUCUCCACAAAAAGAACAGCUUUGAAUUUACGUUUAUGCAUAUGGAUAUGUAGGUGUUAAUCUGUGAUUUGCUCCAUUCAUCCCUUUCCAAUUGCCAGAGAAGCCCAGCUUUCGAGCUGCACAUUCACUAUUAUCUCUAUAUACUAUUUUUGGCUGCUGAGUACAUUUCAAGCCACGUCAUCCAUCCCAAGCCAACACUGGCAUGAAGGGCAGAAACUCCUCUCUCCGCUCCUCUGUCAUCUGUCACAGCUCCCGUCCCUUGGUGGCACUGCCUGCUCAGCCCUCGCUGCAGAGGGAUCUCCAGGAGCUUCACCCCAAUCCUCCCUGUUUCCUUGAGUGAGUUGCUUUCCAACUGAAGCUUCAUGCAGGAGGCUUCAUGUUAGCAUCCAGAGUACAUGUCCCAAGUAUGCCCAGCCCCAUCUUCUGAUCCUAGCACAGAGCAGCUCCCGACAGAUGACAGUAGCUGUCCUCCUUCAAUACUGAGGAAAAGGCCACCUGUGGACCAGGCUGUGGGGGAAAAGCGGAAAGCAGAGAGGAGGGUUCGAUUUCGUGAACCAGAAGAAGUCAUUGAACAUGUUAUUUCCUGCUGUGACUACGUAGUGGUGCAUGACAGGUCAUCACCUGGAUUGCCUGUGCUCCUGGGGCUCUUCUUUUGUGUGGUGCUGAUCCUGGCUGUGAGUCUCUACUACACCAGCAUGAAGCAAGAUACCAAAGUCCUGGAGGAGUUUCAAUCCCAACUUGUCAUCUUCUUUCUUCAGAUAAGACGCAUUGCUCACAAAUGCUGGACUUGGUUUACAAGGUAGUAGCAAUGUCCUCCAUUUGCAGGAAGGUAGCACUGAUAACCGUAAUAAGGCAGAGUGAACCUCCCAGCCCACUCAGUUCACAUGUAAGGAACACAUGAGCAACCACCUUGAAGAGCAAAAAAACCAAAACAUCCUUUUGUGUACUUUCUAGCAUCUACUUGUUUUUGUUUUUUUUUAAUGUAUAUAAUUUUAAUAUUUCUGAAUGAUAGUAGUAGCACUAAGAGAUCCCACCAAACUCAUGUUGUAUCAUCCUUAACAGCAAACAAGGGCCUGAAUUUUGUCCCCUGAAGAGACUAUAAACUGUUGCUAUGAGGAGCAGAGGCGGAGAGAGAAAUUCAUUGAUCUGUAUGUACAGAAGCACAUUGAAUAAAAGCCUCUCAAGUCUCAGGUCAAAGAAUUAAAUACCAAACCAUUUUUCUCCUCAAGCCUCCUAAGAGCUAUUCUACAAAAUUUAACAUAAAGCUGAACUAUUGCACAAACAUUGCUCCAGUGGCCAAAGGCUUGGCAAGCUGCUAUAUUUAUAUACCUGAAAUGAUUGCUAGUAAAAUCUCAGUAAAUGGUUUUCUUGUUUCCCUUCA